UGUCUGCUGUUAAACUCUCCCACUGUCCCAGCAGUCGGUAAGAAAGGGUGUGAGUCGACUGAAACCCAAUAACGAAACAAAAUGACUGUAGUUUCGGGUUCAUCCAAGAAAGUUUACAUUUAUUAACUGGGAAAGUUUACCCAUUUGAGCAUAGACAUGGAAUCUGGAAACAAGAACCCCGAUAUGGACAAUCAGAGAAGCCAGGAUAACAUCGAGCUGCUACCGAUAAGAGAUCCAGACCACACCACGGAGACAGACUGCACUCCUCUGAUUCCAUGUAGUAAAUAUGACUAUGUGCUGGUGGGUAAAGAGUGGCCAGAUGACUCAGAGCACGACAGGAAGCAGAAGGCUUUUAUCAAGACUCUGGAGAAUAAAGGCUAUCAGACCCAGAAACUCAGGGAGAAGAAUAAAGUGUAUUUUGGCAUCCUUGCCCCACAGGAGAUAUUUUCAAAGUAUGCCUACCUCCUGAAGAAUCCUGAUAACUGUUGUGAGGAAAAGAUGGUAUCAACACCCACCAGAAUUCGGAUCGUCAAGUUUAUGCUGGACAACACUUUCAUUGGAAACGGAGAGAAACUGCAUGCAUUGCUGAAGGAGAAAGUCUUUGAAGCUGUGUUUCCUCUGCAUGAGGAGACGGAACAGAAGAAGCUUAUAAAUAAGUGGGCUCGCUGGACAGCCUGCUUCAAACAACAGCCCAUUAACGAAGUCAGGAUGUAUUUUGGGGAGAAGGUGGCCCUGUAUUUCCUGUGGCUGGGAUGGUACACUUACAUGCUCGUACCAGCGGCUGUCAUCGGAGUCAUAGUGUUCCUCUACGGACUGGCAUUCUUUGAAAGCAACCCACUUAUUAAAGAGGUCUGUGAAGGGAACUCCACUAUAAUGUGCCCGCUGUGUGACAAGUGUCUCAUGUGGCAGCUUUCUGAAACGUGCACCUACGCCAAGGUCACUCAUUUGUUUGACAAUGAGGGCACAGUGUUCUUCUCUAUGUUCAUGGCCUUGUGGGCCACGUGGUUCCUGGAGAUCUGGAAGAGGCAUCGCUCUCAGGAGGUCUGCAAGUGGAAGCUGAACAACUGGGAUGAGAACGAGGAGGAGCUUGCUCUGGAUCUGAUCAAUGACUCAGACUGCACUCCGGAUCGAUACCAGCACUCGUACCUGCGCAGCAUCCUGGUCAUGGUUCUGGUGUGUUGCAUGAUCGCACUGAUCAUUGGGCUGGCCCAGGCGCUCGUGGUGUUCCGGGUCAUUGCGACGGUGUUCCUGUCUGACAGCAAGUGGCAGCUGUUGAGCGACCACGCCAACACCGUGGCAGUCAUGAUGGGAGCAGUGCUGCACUACCUGACCAUCACCAUCAUGAACAAGGUCAAUAGAAAAGUGGCCUUAUUUCUCUGUGAUUUAGAAAACGUGCGGUCGAACAUAGGCAAGGAGAGAAACUUCACUGUCAAAAUGUUCACCUUCCAGUUCCUCACCCUCUUCUCCUCGCUCAUCUAUGUCGCCUUCUUCCUGGGGAGGAUUAAUGGGCGUCCAGGGAGCUACGUCAGAAUAGCCGGGAUGUGGAGACUGGAGGAGUGCCACCCCAGUGGCUGCAUCACAGAUCUCUUCAUCCAGAUGGCCGUCAUCAUGGUUCUCAAGCAGACUCUCAGCAACGUGGUCGAGUUCUUGUCCCCCUGGGUGAGUUACAAAAUACACAAUCUGCAGGACAAGAGUCCCAAGGGGGGCAGCGAGUCAAACUGCAUCCGGGACAGCUGGCUGCGUAACUACCACAUGAACGAAGUCGACGCCUUCAGUCUGUUCAACGAGUUCCUGGAAAUGAUGAUCCAGUACAGCUUUACCACUAUAUUCGUGGCUGCCUUCCCUCUGGCCCCUUUACUGGCUCUAAUCAACAACUUCUUUGAGAUCAGACUGGACGCCAUCAAAAUGGUCAGCCUGGAGAGAAGGAUGUUUUGCAAGAAGACCAACGACAUUGGGAUCUGGCUGCAGGUGCUGCAAGCGAUUGGGGUGCUGGCAGUGAUCGCCAACGGGCUGGUGAUCGGAGUCACGUCGGAUUUCAUCCCCCGUCUGGUCUACAAGUACAUCUACGGACCCUGUGCUAAAGGAGCCACGGACAUUGACUGCAUGUCAGGGUACAUUAACAACAGCCUGUCCACCGUCUAUAUGAAGGAUCACAACAUCCGGAGGGACUUUGAGCCGGGCCAGCUCAUCUUCAACGGCAACAAUGUGACCCAGUGCAAGUACAAGGAUUACCGCAGUGAUGAUGACUAUGCCUACACGUCUCAGUUCUGGCUCAUCUUCGCUGCGCGCUUUGCCUUUGUUUUACUGUUCGAGCACGUUGCCGUUGUGAUAAAGUUCAUCGCUGCCUGGUUUGUACCCGAUGUCCCGCUGGCAGUGAAAAACGAGAAUCUGGAUCGGAAAUUUGAAAGAUUGAAGAGAGAGCUCAGGAAAAUGGAGAAUCGAACCACAGAUAUAUGAAGACUGAACUUAUAUAGGAGAGGCAAAAAAACGGUUCCCUUUCGCUAAGAGAAAACUGAACUUGCUCAUUUUACCUUUUUUAUUAUUAAUAUUUUACAUAUUCUUCAAACUGUAAAGCAUGGAUACAAAUGAAGUAUAUAAUUGUAUUAAUCCUACUGGAAUCCAUUGUGCUGGGCAUUCUGGAAUUCAUUGUGUCGGGUGAUCCGGAAUCCAUUCUGCUGGGCAUUCUAGAAUCCAUUGUGCCAGGUGUUCUGGAAUCCAUUGUGCUGGGCAUUCUGGAAUCCAUUGUGCCGGGUGUUCUGGAAUCCAUUGUGCCGGCUGUUCUGGAAUCCAUUGUGCUGGGUGUUCUGGAAUCCAUUGUGUGAUGGGUGUUCCGGAACCCAUUGUGUUGGAUGUGUGAAAAAUAAAAUAAAAAAAGGAAAUUGUAUUGUGUGAAUGAAUAUUGUGUAAUUACAAUAUAGUAGACAAGACUUAAUUCUAUUACAUAUUGUAUUGUAUCAUGUAUUGAUUUUAAAAGAAUUGAGGACAGUGGUUUGUAUUCACUGAUUUGUUGAAGAAGGCUUAAGAAUCUUUGUUUGGUCCCCGAUACAGAUAGACGGUUACCUGGAUCCCCAAACCCCCUGCCAUCCACUUCAAUUAUAUACAAUACCAGUAUCUUUGAAUUAACCACAAAUAAAUACCCUAGCAAACUAGAAUGGCAUACAAUGUUACAUUAAGUGAUUAUUGUAGAAAAGGCAGGUGCUUAUGCUUUGGUAGAAAUUCCAUGAAUGUGACGUUUUAAUGUAAUAUGACAUUAAAAUAUGU